CAAUGACUUAUAUAAUUACUAGUUAAACAAAAAAAUUCUCAACUGGACCCGCUAGUCCGUCUGGCCGGUGCCGGAAGUGCACGUCCGCCACUAACCGAAACUCCUUGCCGCUAUAUAUAAGACCAAGAAGUCGUCUCACUAUUCGGGAUGAGCAACGACAAUGACAGUGCGCUGCAAAUUGAAAAAUGUGGCCCUGUGCAGGCCUUUCCAAUAUCUGGGGAACAAAAAUUUUUCAGUUAACUAUGACAAUUAGUCACAAUCACUUUUGAUACUGUAACUGGUUAGAUAUUGGUUUUGUGACUAUCGUCAGAGUUUACAAUAUAUAUAUACUUAUAUAUAAAGUGUGUGUUACAUCCGUGUGUAUAAUCUUUAGUAAAUCUAUUAUUGAAUCCAAUACUUUAAGUUAAGUACUGCGAUUAAUACAAUUACAAGUCCGAAAUAACUUAAAUUAAAUAUGCCUAUGUUAAAAGAUCCUUCUGUUAAAUACAGAGCAUUUCCUCAAGUGAAUCUUCCUAACCGUCAAUGGCCUUCCCGUACUUUGACUAAAGCUCCAAGAUGGUUAUCAACAGAUUUACGUGAUGGGAAUCAAUCAUUACCUGAUCCAAUGUCCAUCUCCGAAAAGAAACUUUAUUUUGCUAAAUUAGUUGAAGUUGGAUUUAAAGAAAUCGAAGUAGCAUUCCCAUCUGCUUCUCAAGUUGAUUUUGAUUUCACUAGAUUUGCAGUAGAAACUGCUCCUGAUGAUGUUUCAAUUCAAGUUCUUUCUCCAUGUCGUCCUGAAUUAAUUAAAAGAACGGUUGAAUCACUUCGUGGAGCUAAAAGAGCUACUGUUCAUAUAUAUUUAGCUACUUCUGAUUGUUUUAGAAAUGUCGUAUUUGGUUUAACAAAGGAAGAAUCAAAAGCUUUAGCUGUAAAAUGUACUGAAUUAGUUAGAUCUUUAACUAAAGAUGAUCCAACUCAACAAGGUACUAUUUGGGAUUUUGAAUUUUCUCCAGAAACCUUUUCUGAUACUAAUUCAGAUUAUGCUAUUGAAGUAUGUGAAGCUGUUAAAAAUGCUUGGGAACCAACUGAAGAUCAUAAAAUUAUAUUUAAUUUACCUGCAACUGUUGAAAUGGCUACUCCAAAUAUUUAUGCUGAUCAAGUUGAAUAUUUUGCUACUAAUAUUUCUGAACGUGAAAAGAUAUGUAUAUCUUUACAUCCUCAUAAUGAUAGAGGUUGUAGUGUUGCAGCUGCAGAAUUAGCUCAAUUGGCUGGUGCUGAUAGAGUUGAAGGUUGUUUAUUUGGUAAUGGUGAAAGAACUGGUAAUGUUGAUUUAGUAACUUUAGCUCUUAAUUUAUACACUCAAGGUGUAACUCCAAAAUUAGAUUUUUCUGAUAUAAAUUCAGUUAUUGAUGUGGUAGAAAAAUGUAAUAAAAUCCCAGUUCAUGCAAGAGCUCCUUAUGGUGGAUCACUUGUGGUUUGUGCAUUUAGUGGAUCACAUCAAGAUGCAAUUAAGAAAGGAUUUUCAGCUCAUGAAAAGAAACUUCUUGAAGCUAAGGAACAAAAGAAAUCUCAUGUUCAUUGGGAAAUGCCAUAUUUACCAUUGGAUCCUGCCGAUAUUGGUAGAACUUAUGAAGCUAUUAUUAGAGUUAAUUCACAAUCUGGUAAAGGUGGAUCAGCUUGGGUUAUUUUAAGAAAUUUGGAAUUAGAUUUACCAAGAGGUUUACAAGUUGCUUAUUCAAAAGUUGUUCAAGAACGUGCUGAAGUGAAGGGACAAGAAUUAACUAAUGAAGAAUUAUGUGAUUUAUUUAUAAAAGAAUACUUUAUUGAUUAUCAAGGAGAUGAUAAAGUUGAAGGUCAAACUUAUAAAUUAAUUGAUUAUUCUAUUUCAACUCCAUCUAAAGGUACUAAACAAAUUAAUGCCGAAAUUCAAAUUAAGGAUGAAAUUGUUAAGAUUGAAGGUAAAGGUAAUGGUCAACUUUCUGCUUUUAAUGAUGCACUUUCUAAAUAUUUGAAUAUUAAUCUUAAUGUUAAACAUUAUCAUGAACAUUCUUUAGGGGUUGAAUCAAGUGCUAAAGCUGCUACUUAUAUUGAAGUAACUUUAUCUAAUAAUAAGACUAGAUGGGGUGUUGGUGUCCAUGAAGAUGUUUCACAAGCAUCUUUCUUAUCAUUAAUAUCUAUUCUUAAUGGUCUUCACAGAAAUGGUGAUAUCUAAUCAAUCUCAUGAGGUCAAUUUAUUAUCUAGUUUUAUACUAGUUCUCUAUUCUUUUAUUUAUUGUCUGGAAACAUAAAAAUUAACAAACAUACAUACAUACAUUCUCUACAACUGAAAAACAUUCAUAAUGGUUAUGUUGUGCUUAUCUCCCUAAGCUUUCAAUUCUCUUUCUAUCAUUAUUAUACGUAAAUAGUCCAAUAUAUGAAAAGGUAACCUUUCGUUGAGAUUC